AUGUUCAGAUCAUAUGUGGCGGAAUCUAGAAUGAAGUCGAUAAGAAAUAAUAUAGUGUCACGUUCACUAUUUUCAUUAUUUCGCAAACAACCCUUUCCAGCGCCUCCUCCUGGCCCACUUUUGCCCCACGAGGAGCCUAUUGAUGAGGAGUUCUGCCCGAGCUACAACUCUACACAUUGUUAUCCACUGAAGCCCGGAGAUGUUCUCGCCAAUCGAUACCAAGCCCUUGUGAAAGUUGGCUGGGGUGGAUCCUCCACUGUCUGGUUUGCCCGAGACCUGCGGGGAUACCGAUGGAAGCCUGAGACUGUGGUAGCAUUGAAGAUAUCGAAUCACAACCACCAAGCACCCCAGGAGGAAUAUGACACCGAGCAACAUAUUGCCAAGACAGAUCCAUCUCACCGCGGCCGUGCUCUUCUCCGAACAUCCUCGGAUUACUUUGUGCUUGACGGCCCAAAUGGGAAACACUCCUGUCUGGCGUAUGAGCCCCUGAGAGAGCCACUAUGGCUUUAUCAGAGGCGCUUCGUUGGCGAGAAAAUUCCUCUUGUAAUCGUUAAGCUAUACACCACCUUUGUCCUUACUGCCCUGGACUAUCUCCAUACAGAGUGCAAAAUUGUCCAUACUGAUUUAAACCUCCAGAACAUUAUGGUCUCAUUCGAGGACCCCGCCGUGCUCGGCAACUUCAUGAACACACAGCUUGAAACUCCAAUGCAGUACAAGAUCGACUCAACCGGCCGACCAAUCUAUCUCUGCCACAAUGAAUUUGGAUCUCUCAAAAAUCUAAACGCAAUACCCCAGAUCGUUGAUUUUGGUUCCGCCAACAAACUGGACGCUGAAAACAAGUAUGGGAUUUAUCCUAUUCAAAUAGACUACUAUCGUGCACCAGAGGUUAUACUUGGUUGCGGAUGGAGAAUGAGCGCAGAUAUAUGGACCUUGGGAACUUUGCUCUGGGAGCUUAUCGAAAGCGAAAAACUGUUCCGCCAGGUUCACGAUAAAGACCGCAGUUAUAACGCCAAGGCACAUCUCGCAGAAAUGAUAGCUCUACUCGGACCUCCUCCGCCCGAGGUUCUCACGAGGGCACGCGAAAUGCUAGAGCAUAAAUGGCCAGUGGCGGUCAGUAAAGUACCAAACGGCCCGCGAUACGACAACGCGCAGGACUUUUUCGGCGGGCCAUUUUUUGAUGCUGAUGACAAAUUUCUGCACGGUUACUUAAUCCCAGACCGAAAACUCGCCGAUGUAAUACCGGCUAGUUUGGAAGGGAAAGAUAGAGGAAAUUUCCUAUCCUUUGCAAAGUCAAUGCUUGCCUGGAAUCCAGCAGAGAGAAAGACGGCCAAGGAGCUGCUCGAGCAUCCUUUUCUGCAACUAGACUAG